GCGCGGGUCCGGCUCUGCGCUGCAGCCUGGGCGCCUCCUUCCCGGCCUGGGUGGGCGCUGCGGGCCGCGUCCGCCUUCUUCCGGCGCCUUUGGGCCCGUUUCCCCGUGCGUUGCGUGGUGCUGCUCGCCGGCGACCCCUGCGAGCCGGUGGCGGGGGCACCGUGGGGCUGGUUUCGGGGGUGAGGGAGACCCAGAAGCAGCAGACCAGCCUUGAGGGCAGAACCUGGGGCAAGUGCAGCUGAGCUGGCUACUCCAGGAUGAACCGCAGCCCUGAGAAGGGGAAGAAGUCCCGCUGGCUCUGCUAUGGCCUGUGAACCACAGAUGGACCCCGGUGGGGCAGCUGGCCCCUUGCCCACCACCUCUCCUGGCUGGAGCGCCCUCCCUAGUGGGAGCCCUCCUGGCUGGGGGCAAGAGCUCCACAAUGGCCAGGUCCUCACAGUUCUCCGGAUUGACAAUACCUGUGCACCUAUCUCCUUCGAUCUGGGAGCCGCAGAAGAGCAGCUGCAGACCUGGGGCAUUCAGGUCCCGGCUGACCAGUACAGGAGCUUGGCUGAGAGCGCCCUCCUGGAGCCCCAAGUGAGAAGAUACAUCAUCUACAACUCGAGGCCUAUGCGGCUGGCCUUUGCCGUGGUGUUCUACGUGGUGGUGUGGGCCAACAUCUACUCCACCAGCCAGAUGUUUGCCCUGGGGAAGCACUGGGUGGGUGUGCUGCUCGUGACCCUGGCUGCUGUGAGCCUGACCCUGACUCUUGUGCUCAUCUUCGAGAGACACCAGAGAAAGGCCAACACCAACACGGACCUAAGGCUGGCGGCUGCCAACGGAGCCCUUCUGAGGCACCGGGUGCUGUUGGGGGUGACGGACACGGUGGAAGGCUGCCAGAGCGUGAUUCAGCUCUGGUUUGUCUACUUCGACCUGGACACCUGUGUGCAGUUUUUGUCUGACCACGUCCGAGAAAUGAAGAUGAGCCACGAGUCCUUGCUGAGAAGCAGAUUGAGCCAGCUGUGCGUUGUCAUGGAGACUGGGGUGAGCCCGGAGGCUGAGGGGCCAGAGAACCUGCUGGAGGAAGCUCCUCUCCUGCCCAGCAGUCCUGGUCCCACGGAGAGGCCACUCAUGCAGACCGAGCUUCGCCAGCUUGUUCCUGAGGCUGAGCCGGAGGAAAUGGCCCGGCAGCUGUUGGCAGUGUUUGGUGGCUACUACAUCCGGCUCCUGGUGACCUCCCAGCUCCCCCAGGCAUUGGGGACACGACACACGGACUCUCCAAGGAUUCCAUGCCCCUGCCAGCUCAUAGAAGCCCACAUCCUGGGCACAGGGUGCUGCCCCUUCCUGGCCAGGUGACCUCAGGAUGAAGGUACUCAUCUUCCUCCAAGACUGAAAGUGAGAAGCUGGGGAAGCCUCAGGAGCCCAAGGUGGCCGAUGGCGAGCCCCAGGUGAGGAGAGAAGCAUCUGAGACCCUCUGAGGGUGUCAGUCACAUCAGCAGCGGGGAGGUUGUGCUCACUCCAGGACCCUGAGCACAGAUGGCUUGUUGACAUCCUAUGCUGACCCCUGGCCUUUCAGAAGCCGAUGGUCCCACUCUGAGCCACUUUCUGUGCUGUUUAGAACUGUGAGCAUGGAUGGAAGGGCCACUCGCCCACCCUUUUCAUGCCUGGAGAGCCCAGGAAAUGUGAAGAUGACCAGACUGGGCUGAACCCGUGUCCAAAGCUUGGUCUCAGGCAGCGCUUCCAUCCCCACCCCACUUCAUGUCAUGUGGGGAAACUGAGGCUCAGGGAGGACACUGCUCUUUGUGGCCUUGCUUUGGGCCCCUUAAACUAUGAGACACUUCUUCCCAGUUUGAAGAAGUACCUUCUCAGAAUGUUCUCCAUUUUUAAGUUGUUCUUUCCCUGUGCUUGAUGGAAAACAGUGGCACGUGGGCUUGUCUGCUAGCACACAGGCGUUUAGGAGACAGAAGGAAGAAACACCCGAAGGAAGAAACUAAUGGCACACGGAACGGCUAAUGUGAAUAUUUGGAAGCGAAGCGCCUGAACCCGUCCGAUUGGAGGACUUAUUUUGUUCAAGGGCAUGCAUGCUUGUGGGUGUGGUUUCUUACUGCAGCCGGCAAACAGCAACCCUUUCCCUAACACUAACGCUGCCCUGGAAUGAAGCAUAAUGUGUCCCUCACGGAAUUCUGUAAAGAGCUCAGAGGCUUCCAGGUGCUCUGUGUCUGAAAGAGUCUAAAGACCCAUUAUUCUCUCCGCCCAAAUCCAAAAGCCCCAGCCUGGCAUUGAAAGGUUUCUCAAUACCCAGGACCUGGCUUUCAUCUGCAGUUUUGGCUUUAUCUCCCAUAAAAGUCCUUCAUAAAUUGAAACUCUUUCCUGGAUUGACAAAACUGUUCCUUUGCAUCUGUUUGGACUCCUCUGCAUGCUUUAAACAUUUUUUUUUCCAGAAAUUGAGGUAUAGUUGACAUAAAAAAUUAUGUAAGCUUCAGGUAUAGAACAUAGUGACCCACCAUUUUAAAACGUUAUUCUCCAUAUAGUUAUUAUAAAAUAUUUGCUGUAUGCCCUGUGUUGUAUAUCUCUGUAGCUUAUUUAUUUUGUAUAUACUGCUUUGUACCUCCUAACCCCCUCCCCCUAUCUUGCCCCUCCCCCUCCUGUGCAGGCUUUAAAGCCCAGCUUUAUUUUCCCCUCCUUCAGGAAGCCUUUUAACCCUGCCAUUCUCUGCCUCCUUUAAAUUCUUGAUGUAGCUGCUGCCUUUACUGAUGUUUUAUGUUACCGAUUCUGUUUUCCUGUACACAUGCCUAUCUUUCUAGCUAGACCAUAAGCUCCCCCAGGACAAAAGCUGCACCCUGUACUUUCUGUGCAUGACUUGGACCUCUAAGGAAAAAAAAAAAUCCUGUGGAUUGAGUACUUUGUCAUCUCUAUUGUAGCUUUUACGCAUUGCUCUCUGUACUCAGUUGAAUGAUGAGGUUGGCACAGACUGGGAUUCUGGUCCUAAACUGCCACUUUUAGCUGCAUCACUUUUGGCUGGUGAUGUAGUUUACACAUCUGUAUAAUGGGUAGAUUGGAUGAUUCUUAACAGCCCUUCCAAAGCCAAAGAUCUAGGAAUUUCCAGCUUUUUCUGCUCCAUUCUAGCCCUUGGCCUUUCUGUCUGUUAUGCCUUUAUCUACAUGUAGAAAGGUUCUGUAGCCCCACACAGAUGAGGUGCCCCAGACCUGACACGCGGGCUUAGCUAGCCGGAGACUUGGGUUUUCAUCCCAGACCUGCUGCUUCCUAGCACUGUGACCUUGGCUAGGUUAACCUCUCUAAAGGUCAGUUCACUCCUUUAUAAAUGAAUCUGGUGCACAUAAAAUGUCAUUAUGCAGGUAACUUACCAUGUAAGAGAUAAGUCUGACUGUUUGCUUUCUCCGGGCCAAAGAAGAUAAAUCAUCUGCAUAGACCAGCCCUUGGAAAUGGCUUUUUCAGGCAUUUCUCUUCAGCUAAUUCUUUGGGCAGCUCUGCUCAAUGAGAAUUAUUCACGAAGGUGAUCACUGUCUUUCUCACCUGCCACAGAGGAAGUGUGGGCUGUGAAUAUGAUCAAUAGAAACCCACAUUUUUCCUCCAGCUAUAAAGCCCUGGUAAGUAUCAUAACAAAGAAGGAAAAUGUAUGUAUUUUGACAAAAGAAUGGGUUUUGUUUUUUUUUUUUCAUUUUAAGCCUUCCUUAAAGUGGGGUUUUUUUUUUUGUUUUUUUUUUUUCUUCAUUUAAAGCCUUCCUGGAUGUGCUCUUUCCUGCAUUUUCCCUCCUUUAGAGUUUCUGAUAGUCUCACCUGGUGGGUGAGGCAUUCGGAUACAUUUCUGUGCAUUGAGAGCCCCUCCUUUUCCUCUUUUAGAAAAUGCUGUGAUCUCUGUCUUGCCUACUUCACAAGGUUGUUGUGAAGCUGAGAUUCUGCAAUAGGGCAUGUGCUAUUUUAAGGCUUUGUGUUAAUGAGAGGCAUGGCAAUGGUGAAAAUGGUGCCAUGUCAGGAAGUAGGAGCAGAGAGCUUGGAUUCUAGAGCCCCUUGUGUUCCAGUCCAAAGUUUGCCUCCUGGGAGCCGCCUCCCUCCCAUCCCUGGGUCUCACUACUCAAGUAUGGAAUAGGGAUAAGUGCACCUACCUGGCAGGUGUCUGUGGAGAUUAAAUGAUAUGAAAAACAGAAAGUGUUUACAACUGUGACUUGCAGACUUGAGUAAGAGCUCAAUAAACUGUUGCUAUUAUUGUUGUUUCUUUUUCUUCUCACUAUGUCUUAUAUGCUGUAGAUCCCCAGCAUGUUUUUGUGGAUGACGUAGUUCAUUAACAGUUAACGUUUGGGAGUCCCCGCUGUGGUGUGACAGGAUCUGUGGCAUCUCUGGAGCGCUGGGACGCAGGUUCGAUUCCUGGCCCAGCACAGUGGGUUAAGGAUCCGCUGUUGCCACAGCUGUGGUAUAGGUUGCAGCUGCAUUUCCAAUUCCACCCCUGGCCUGGGAAUUUCCAUAUGCAUCUGGAAAAGAUUCCAGCCAAAUCUCUCUCGAAUUCAGUACUGGAAACAGCCUAGCAGGGAAGUUAAGAACAAGCUGGUUGGUGACUUUGGGCCAGAUGCUCACCCUCUCUGUUCCUCUUCUGCCUCCCUUUCCUUAUAUAUUAAAUGGGCUGUGUGACAAUAGGGAGGAGUCAUUGCAAUGGUGCAUAUAAAGAACAAGGCCUGGUUUAUGGCAUGGUCCGUAGUAAGGGCUCUGUUACCCAAUGACAGCUUUUCUUCUGCAGUUGCUGCUCGCUGCUUUCUACCUGUACCAGCUUGUGCAAGCUUUUACUUGCCUUAUUCAAAUCUAUAUCCUUAAUGAUUUGGGUCGGUAGGAUCUAUCAGUGACCAAGGGAGGAAAAUUUCCAACUAGAAUUAUCUUCUGUUUCUCCUUUUACUUUUGACACUUUUUUUAAAAA